AUGGGUCAAGAGCUGUGUGCUAAGAGUCUACAGCCUGGGUGCAGCUGCUAUCACCGCUCCGAGGGAGGCGAGGCACACAGCUGUCGGAGGAGUCAGCCUGUGACCAUGGAGGCUGCAUUCCAGCUAACAGACCUAAAAGAAGCAUCAAGCUCCAUGACUUCAUUUCACCCCAGGGGAGUGCAGGCUGCUGGUGCCCGGAAGUUUGAGAGUAAAAGGCCACGGAGUAAUAGCGAUUCUUUUCAGGAAGAGGAUCUGAGGCAGGGUUUUCAGUGGAGGAAGAGCCUCCCUUUUGGGGCAGCCUCGUCUUACUUGAACUUGGAGAAGCUGGGUGAAGGUUCUUAUGCUACAGUUUACAAGGGGAUUAGCAGGAUAAAUGGACAACUAGUGGCUUUAAAAGUCAUCAGCAUGAAUGCAGAGGAAGGAGUUCCAUUCACAGCUAUCCGGGAAGCUUCUCUCCUGAAGGGCUUGAAACAUGCCAAUGUUGUGCUUCUGCAUGACAUAGUUCACACCAAAGAGACCCUGACAUUCGUUUUUGAAUACAUGCACACAGACCUGGCCCAGUACAUGUCCCAGCAUCCAGGAGGGCUUCAUCCUCAUAACGUCAGGCUUUUCAUGUUUCAACUUUUGCGGGGCCUGGCGUAUAUCCACCACCAACACGUUCUUCACAGGGACCUGAAACCUCAGAACUUGCUCAUCAGUCACCUGGGAGAGCUCAAACUGGCUGAUUUCGGUCUUGCUCGGGCCAAGUCCAUUCCCAGCCAGACAUACUCUUCGGAAGUCGUGACCCUCUGGUACCGGCCUCCUGAUGCUUUGCUGGGAGCCACUGAGUAUUCCUCUGAGCUGGACAUAUGGGGUGCAGGCUGCAUCUUUAUUGAAAUGUUCCAGGGUCAACCUUUGUUUCCUGGGGUUUCCAACAUCCUUGAACAGCUGGAGAAGAUCUGGGAGGUGUUGGGAGUCCCUACAGAGGACACUUGGCCUGGAGUCUCCAAGCUACCUAACUACAAUCCAGAAUGGUUCCCGCUUUCUAAGCCUCAGAGUCUUCAGAUUGUCUGGAACAGGCUGGGCAGGGUUCCUGAAGCCGAAGACUUGGCCUCCCAAAUGUUGAAGGGCUUUCCUAGAGACCGUGUCUCCGCCCAGGAAGCACUGGGCCAUGAUUAUUUCAGCGCCCUACCCUCCCAGCUGUACCAGCUUCCUGAUGAGGAGUCUUUGUUUACAGUUUCAGGAGUGAGGCUAAAACCAGAAAUGUGUGACCUUUUGGCCUCCUACCGGAAGGGUCACCACCCAGCCUGGUUUAGCAAAUGCUGGUGAAAAGAAGGGGUGAGGUCACCAAGAUUCUUCCAGGGCUGCUUUCAUGCCGCUUCAGUUUUCAUUUGCUUCAGCGUACUAAGAAGCUUCAAGUCUAAUUCCAUACUGGACACCUGGAAUAUUUUAAAUAUGAUGUUCAAGGCAAGAGUACCUAACACUUGAAGAAAAAGCCAUGGAAGAUUGUUAUUAUCAUUGCCUAGAAUUUAACGGUGAUUAGCUCAAACAUGGGACUGAAACUAAGAUCAUCUGUAAGGAGAACUUCUCAACAAUUUCAUCCAUUUUGAAAGACAUUUCUGGGCCAGAAAGUCAACUUCUCAAUAGAACAGAUGGGAAACAGACAAUUGAAAGAAUUUGUAGACAGAGCUAGUGCUUAUAGGGGCCCAUCACUCUUGUAUUCACUUACAAUGUCCCCCAACAAAAGGACUUCUGUAACAAGGAAAGGAUUAGUCUAAAGUUAAGGAAAAGUCUCCAGGGAAGAUGGUCUCUUGGAUAAAAUUGUCAACUAAAGGACUUACUUAAGACUGGCUGUUAUGCCUUCCUGGGGGUGGGGGGCUUCUUCCUUCCUCUCCUGCUUUAUCAGAACACAUUACCAUUCCAUCCCGCCCAGAUUUCAAGUUUGGAUUGAGCCACUGGUUAGAAUUGAAUUUCAAACUGUCUCCUUCUUCUGAAUCCUAAUUGUCUGUGGUGAUUGCAACAGUGAUGAAGAACCUAAGCUCCCAUUUGAUGGUAGAGAUACUGAAUAGUCAGGAGCAGAGUCCUUGGAUGUAAUUCAAGCCCAGACACACGUGUGCGCGCACACACAGCCCGCAAGUUAAAGGAGAUCUGUCUGGACAAAGGCCUGUACCAUUUGCUGCAAUGACUUCUAAAAGAAGCCAGGAUAACUCAAAUUACUUCUGUCUAGGGAUCAUUUGGGGAAAUUUGGUAGCCUAGAAACCAGAGACCUCUAUGUACCCUUUAGAAGAACAAAGAGGAUCAAUUAAUAGAGAAUUUAAAAAAUAAUAACUAUCCACCCAAAAUCUCAGAUGGAAGAAAGACACAUACAGAUAGUCCCAAGAAAACUGCCUUUAUGAUUAUUAAUCAGGCAAUAUAAACAAAGCUGCCCAGAUGAACGUAAAAGAUGAAAUAGAAUGGUGUGGGCUGGAUCAUGGGGCAGAUGUCUAUGCUCAAAAACAAUGGUUGUUCAACUUAGAGGAAGGCUGAUGGUGGUGUGGUACAGAGUUCAGACUUGAGUCUUAUUCUGAUCAAAUAUUUUUUACUAACUGUCAAAUAAAAUCUGAGAAAGUGGACAGCUUAUUCAUACAACUCACUGAAGUACUAUUGUUUUGCAUUUAUUAGUUCCAUUUUACAGAAGAAGAAACUGAGGCUCAACAAAGUUAAUCACUCCCCCCUGGGAGUACUCCAGAGUUCAGAUGCAAACUUCAGGUCUGGCUGUCUUCAGUAUCUGUGAUCUUUCCAGGAACCACAAAAUUACUAGAUUUAUAGAAUAUACAACUCUUGAAGAAGCUGCUGAUAUUUAGAAUUGGAUCCUGAUUCAAAGGAUUAAGUCCUAGCUAGAAGCUAAUGAGCAACAAGCUGAAGCUGUACUUAUUCCUAUCAAAUUUUAUCUGAUUUAAAUUCUUACACAUUGGGCUUAAAAUGUCUACAACUUAAAA